AUGGGACCCCAGUUCAAUCCCUUCGCUUCACCACAAACGGUGAUUGAGGACUCCGUCAAAGGGGAAACGGAUUAUCUGAACAGAAAUGAAACGCUAGAAAAUUACCUGAGUCUGUACGAUGAACCCAUGAAGGGGGGACUCAACAGAGUAAAGGCAGACAUCCAACUGAAGGACGAUUCAGGUUGCAUGGAUUCGAUCAUAUUCAACGACAUGGCAAUGGGGGACGAGAACUACAGUGUGCUAGACAAUGCGGAUGGGAGUUCCCUCCAAAGUUUUCCCGACUCCGGAGAUGGCAGUCUGAGCGUCACGGGUGGCAGCAGGACACCCUUCCAGGAGCGCAGCGGCGAAGACGCGAAGCGCACACCAGAAAUGGAACUUGUUCUGGAAGACAACUUCGACAGAGCCCGACGCAGUGACAGCCUUUUCGAGGUGCACAAUUUCACGGAGGGCCAGAGUGGGCAGUUGGUUGAGACACCAGUCAGACAUUUAGAAAGAGAAAAGGAUGACUCUCCCAAAGGUGUCGAGAUUAAGUCAGUUGGUCAGCUGGAUGAUCUUAACACCCUUUGUGACGUCCGCCAAUUUAUUCAUCCAAAGAAGAACGCUUUUAGUGGUGCACGUGAAGAGGUGAGCCAAAAGGACGACCCCCAGCAAGGCAAGCCCGACAGUCAAGCAGCCUUGCAGAGCGAAAUGCCCUACGACGAGUGCACCCUGACGAACGGCUUCUUCGACACGAUAGAGAAUAUAAACACCAAGGUGGUGGAAAAGUACAAGAACUUAAAAGGAGUGUCCGAAAGUCUAAUAGGGAUUGUUAAGAAGUCUGACUUCGAGCAUAGGAUAGACGAACUGCUCAGAUACAGCGACAGAAACUCUGUGCUCAUCGAGGAGUUCCGCAAGCAGAGCGAGGAGUGCAUUCGGCGGUGCCGCAAGUUUGAGACGUCCUCUGAGCAGCUCGUCGGAGAAUGCAUCGAAACCCUUGCAAACAGCAGCAUCUGUUACGCAGAGUGGGUGUGUCUGCACGCACGCAAGGUGGACCCAUUGGAGGUGGUGCUGUCCGACAUGCAGGAGUUCGUCCACGCGAACGAAUAA